CUCUCUCUUCCUUUUCUUCUCCAGAGCACGGCACGGGAACUGUAUUGCUGCCGAUUUGCCAAACAUCAACCAAAGCCAGAGUGGACUAGAGUGCGCAAUCUCCAGACGCAACUGCUGCUAUCUCCUUCCUAUUCACGCCUUCGCUCUUACCCGCUUCCGGCCUGAAACUAUCAAGGUCGAGACGGACAUGCCGUGCUGAUCCGCGCGCUUCCUUUAGCGCUGCCGCCAAGGAUGCUGAGGGUCUGGUCGAGGUCCGCGUCGCCGUGCUCGCCCACUUCCCCGCACGCUUUGUCUUCCGCAGCGGCGGCGGCGACAAGGUCCCUUCUGCUCAGGUCCAGGAUGCAGACACCGCAGGCUCCUCCCGAUGGAGGCCACGAGCCGCCCUGCGCCAGGUUCGCUGAGACGGGGGAUCGAGCGGCCGAUGCACUGCCGCCGUGCUCUCCUUCAGGCGAUGCUAGGGAAGAAUACACCUGCAGAAGACCGGCAUUUCAAAGACAGCAAGUACCUAAUUGGGGCAACUCGUCUGUUGGAGGGAACCGCCAUGUUCUUUAUGCAAGUUAUCUUUCCCAGAACAAACAGAACUACAGAUGUUUUUCAUCUUCUUCCGACCAAGAGUGGAUAGGAAUUGGAAGCAGGGAACGAAUGCCGUUUUCUUUCCAGAUGAUUCAUAAUCUGCCAAGGUUUGUGAAAAUUGUAGAAGUUGGGCCACGAGAUGGACUGCAAAACGAAAAAAGCACAGUGCCAACACAUGUAAAGAUCAAGCUCAUACAGAGAUUGGCAACCUCUGGAUUAUCAGUUGUUGAGGCAACAAGUUUUGUCUCCCCAAAAUGGGUACCGCAGCUAGCUGAUGCGAAGGAUGUUAUGGAAGUGGUUCGGAAUAUUGCGGGUGUCCAUUUUCCUGUAUUGACUCCAAACCUUAAGGGAUUUGAAGCAGCUGCUGCAGCAGGUGCAAAAGAGGUUGCAAUAUUUGCGUCAGCUUCUGAAGCAUUUUCCAAGUCAAACAUAAACUGUUCUAUUAAAGAGAGCCUUGCCCGCUAUAAUGAUGUUGCUUGUGCAGCAAAAAAACAUGAAAUUCCUGUACGAGGGUAUGUUUCUUGUGUGGUUGGAUGCCCGGUUGAAGGAUCGGUACCACCUUCAAAUGUAGCUUAUGUAGCGAAAGAGCUUUAUGACAUGGGCUGCUAUGAGGUUUCACUCGGUGAUACAAUUGGAGUUGGUACCCCAGGCACCGUUGUUCCUAUGCUUGAGGCUGUUAUGUCUGUUGUUCCUGUGGAAAAGCUUGCUGUCCAUUUCCAUGACACCUAUGGCCAAUCUCUUUCAAAUAUCCUCAUCUCUCUCCAGAUGGGGGUCAAUGUCGUGGACUCCUCCGUGGCAGGCCUCGGUGGUUGCCCAUACGCGAAGGGUGCGUCAGGGAAUGUGGCGACUGAGGACGUUGUGUAUAUGCUGCACGGAUUGGGGAUCAAGACGGGUGUAGAUCUGGGCAAGGUAAUGUCAGCUGGUGAGUUCAUCUGCAAGCACCUGGGGCGUCAGUCUGGGUCCAAGGCAGCAAUCGCCUUGAGCAACGUUACCGCGAACGCCUCAAAACUCUGAGGCUGCUCAUCUGGGGCCAGUGUGGGUCGAAGGCAGCGAAUUGCCUUGAGCAAGGUUACCACAAGCGGCUCAAAACUCUAAUAAGGCUGCUCAUCUGGGGCACCAUUCUGGGUCCAAGGCAGCAAUCGCCUUGAGCAAGGUUGCAGCGGAUGGAACAUGCAUAAGUUCACACCUGUUAAUUCUAUACCCUCUUACCCUGUAUGUGGUGAUCCCCAAUUCAGAGGAUGCAUGUACAAUACCAAUACAAAAAUAAGGAAAGAAAUAGUACAUAUGUUCUGGAGAAAUAGAGUUACAUUUGCUUAUUCUGAUUGAAUUACUGCC